AUAAAAGAAAUACAAGUUUUGUUUACAUUUUAAUUUUAUAUUGAAAUAAUGCCUAAAGUAGUCUCGCGCAGCAUUGUAUGCUCUGAUACAAAGGAUCAGGAGGAAUAUAAUGAGGAGAAGCCGUUGAAUAUAUAUUACUGUCUAUGCACCAAAAUGUCACUGAUUUUAGACUGCACUUUAGAUCAGCUUCCGUUGCGCGAGGUGGACGGUGCCCGAGUCAUAGAUGCUAAUGAUCAUGCCAACAAGAUGACAUUCAAUCCAGCACCAAAAAUGCUUUAUAUACGGCGCAAAGGAAAGGGCAUAGAGAAGCAGUAUAGGUAUUCGUGCCGAAAUUGCGGCCUGCCCAUAUACUACCGACACGGCAUCGACUCUCAUGUGACAUUUGUUAUGAAUAAUGCACUGGUGAGCAGCAAGGGCGAGAAACCACUGUCACAUUUGCUGGCAAUAGAUACCAAAGUCGCAUGCCCGCCGACCAGUACAGCUGUUCCAAGUGGAGAAGAUUCAGGCAUUGUGGAUUCCAGUGGGAAAAAGGUUAUGGUAACGCGACAUACAAAAAAUAUGGGUAAAUUCAGCUCUGUCACGGUAUCUACCAUUGAUGAAGAAGAGGAUGAAAUCGAGGCGCGUGAAAUUGCGGAUAGCUAUGCUAACAAUGCACGCAUUAUCGAAAAACAGCUUCAACGCAAAGGUGGCAAAGUGGCCGAUCCUGGUGUAAAAUCUCAAGCCGACGAUAUGCAUCCACCACAAAAGAAACAGCGGGGUACAUUAUUGGAAAGAUAAUGCUGACCAAGUACAACAUCCCAUGCAUUUCAUUUUAUAAGCUGAUUAGUUUACAUUACAGCUUAGCUUAUAAAUAAAAGUUAC